AUGUUUGAGUUAGCCCUCACCAUGGUAGUAGUAGCUCUUGCACUUCUACCUCACCAAACCCUUUCUUCAUCACUGAACCAAGCCCUACCUGGCUGCAAAUCCAGUUGUGGAAAUGUCGAAAUUCCAUAUCCAUUCGGUAUAGAACACUCAUCUGCAUCCGAUCAACGAUCUUGUUUUCUGGAGAAAAAAAUUGGUCUUGCUUGCAGCAGCAACUCCAUAUUAACAUGGGGUAACGUCCAAGUGUCAAACAUAAGCGUCCAAGCUCAUCAAAUGGACGUUUUGUUUAACGUCUCAUGGUUUUGUAAUAUAGAAAAUUAUGCGAACUACUGGCUGGAAACAGCAUCUUUCAGUAUUUCAAGCGAGAAAAACAAGUUCGUGACCGUUGGAUGCGACAGUUAUGGCUAUCUCAAUAGCGUUUUCGGUGAGAAGACAUACUCCACAGGGUGCUUAACAAGAUGUUAUAGCAGCAUAGAAGAUUCUCUGAUUGAAAACGGAACAUGUUCGGGUAUAGGGUGUUGCCAGGUAGAUAUUCCUCCUGGAAUGCAGAAUAUCACUGUAGAAGCAUCUAGCUUCCCCAAUUCAACAAAUUAUUUGGGCUGCAGCUAUUCCUUUGUUGUCAAACAAGACUCUUACAAAUUUUCUGUGACUCAUUUACGAAAAUUCCCAAACGAAAGCCUCCCUUUGGUCCUUGAUUGGACUGUGGGAGACCAAAACUGUGGUGCUUUUGAGAGUAGUAGAGCCAAAUAUGCGUGUAAGGAUAAUACGUAUUGUGAUGACAAGGGCACUGAUUCUGGAUACCGAUGCAGAUGUAAGGAUGGCUAUGAAGGAAACCCAUAUAUUGGCUGCACAGAUAUUAAUGAAUGCAUGCCGGGAAAACAUACAUGCCUAAGUGAUAAGAAUUGUCGCAACAUCGAUGGGAAUUACACAUGUUUCUGUCGUAAGUGGCAAUCAGGAAAUGGAAGAAAAGAAGGAGGCUGCCACGAGCGGGAGUAG